AUGCAUGCAUCCUAUGUCCCCCACAGCCUUGUAGAGAUCCAGAAGGGACUGCAAUUAGAGCAGGACGAGCUGCGAAGCAUUAACGUCUCUGCCGACAUCGCCUACUUCGCCUCCAACUGCAACUCUGACUUCCGCCAGUCGUGGGUGAAGGGGCUCAUGGAAGCGAUUCCAGUAGAUUCUUAUGGACAGUGCGAGAAGAAUAAGGAACUUCCUCUUCACCUCCUCCAGCUGCAGCAAGGACCUGAUGAGUUCGCUCUCGCAGUCGAGAACACAAGAGAUGUCGACUACGUAACUGAGAAGAUGUAUGAGGUGCUUCAGGCCGGCGCUGUUCCCAUCUACCUCGGCGCUCCUAACUGGAAAGUAAUUUUUCCCCUUCCAUCUGCCGUCAUCGACGCUGCUGCCUUCGAGUCUCCCCCACGUUAG